GUGUAAUUAUUUUAACCUAUACAAUUUCUUUUGUGUACCGUACAAUUUAUAAAAACAUGAGUUAAUAUUUUAAGGAAGGUGUACUUAAAUUAACAAAAGAAUAUAAAAUAUUAAGUUUGAUAAGAUACAUUUUAUAUUAAAUUAUUUGCUCAAAUUUAAAACUGUCUGAAAUUGACAUGUCAAACAUCUGAACGAAUAUGUAAUGUUCAAUAGUCGACAGUAAUCAAUUUACAUUCUGCGGUAAUUGUCGUUAGAUAUUUCUUUGGUGUUGCCGAUGAAACUGCAAUACGUCUUAUAAUAUACUUGUGCCGGUAUUUUUGUGUGCAAAAAUAUAUAAGGGGUAAUUAUUUUUGGAUUAAUAUAAAAGUUAUUGGUGUGCAAUUUAUUAAAAGUUUGACAGGAUGAUGGAAGAUAUGCAAGAAGAGACCCAAUUUGUGGUCGAUGAUGUAAGCAAAAUUAUUAAGGAAGCGAUUGAAGUAUCUAUUGGGGGAAAUGCUUAUCAACAUAACAAAGUAAACCAGUGGACCUCGAAUGUUGUCGAAGGAUGUUUGGGAAAUCUUACAAAACUUCAAAAGCCAUAUAAAUAUAUAGUGACUUGUACUAUAAUGCAAAAAAAUGGAGCAGGACUGCAUACUGCAAGUUCUUGCUAUUGGGAUAAUGCUACUGAUGGUAGUUGUACAGUGCGUUGGGAAAACAAGACAAUGUAUUGUAUCGUUUCUGUAUUUGGCCUAGCAAUUUAACUGACUCUAGUAUUUUAAACGCUUUUCUGAUAAACUAAAAUCUCAACAAAGAAUAAAAUUUCGUUUACUAAGUUGCAAAAAUUACAAGUAUGGUGUAGGAAAUAUAAAAUCUAUUUUACGCAAUAGCUUCUUCCUUUUCGCGAUAUAUUAUGUAUUUUUUAUAUUGCAAAUACAUUGCAUUUAAGACACUAA